CCGCCCUUCAGCCAGUUGAGCUGCCCUUUGCCCUUCCUCCUAGGCAGCGGCAGUGAGCACAUCCAGACGAUCUGCAGCACCUGGGGCAACGGGCACUACAAGACUUUCGAUGGGGACGUGUACCAGUUCCCGGGGACGUGCGAGUACAACCUGGCCUCCGACUGCCAAGACUCCUACCUGGAGUUCUCCGUGCACAUCCAGCGGGCAGAGCGCGAGGACCGCCCGGUCAUCAGCCAGGUGGUCGUCACCAUCAAGAACGUUGUUGUCGUCCUCCGCAGAAAGCUGGCGUCUGUCAAUGGAGACAUUUGCAAAGGCCGCAUAAACACUUGGCUGGAGCUGGACUCCAAGUACAGGAACCGCACCUGUGGGCUGUGUGGGGAUUACAAUGGGAUCAGCAUGUAUAAUGAGUUCAUCUAUGAAGGUGAAGCCCUGAGCCCCAUUACAUUUGGGAACCAGCAGAAGAUCCAUCGGCCCAAUGAGGUGUGUGAAGACCCCUAUGAGGAGGAAUCAACACCUUCCUGUUCUCAGUAUCGCACACCCUGUGAACAGCUGCUCAAGUCCAACACCUGGGCCGACUGUAUGAGCUCCCUGGACCCUGAGCCCUACCUGCAGGCCUGCAUUCAGGACAUGUGCAGCUGUAACUCUACCCUGGGUGACUUCUGUGUGUGCAGCACCCUCUCCGAAUUCUCCCGGCAGUGCUCCCAUGCUGGUGGCACUCCCCAGAACUGGAGGACUGAGAAAUUCUGCGCCAAGCAGUGUCCCUUCAACAUGGUGUACUUGGAGAGCGGCUCCCCCUGUAUGAACACCUGCUCCCACACUGACACUGUGUGUGAGUCGGGGAAGUGGGCCUGUAAGAGCCGGUCCUGUCCUGGGAGCUGUGCUGUGGAGGGGGGAGCUCACAUCUCCACCUUUGAUGGCAAGACCUACACCUUCCAUGGAAACUGCUACUAUGUCCUGUCCAAGGACUGUGACGGAGCCAAGUUCAGCAUCCUGGGAGAACUGAUUCCCUGUGGCUCCAAGGACUUGGACACCUGUCUGAAGACAGUGGUGGUGCUGCUGGAAAACGACAAGAACAAUGCGUUGCUGUUUAAAGCUGAUGGGAAAGUGCUCCACAACUCGGCUGAGAUCAGUCUCCCAUACAACAUGGCUCACCUCCAUGUCUUCAGACCCUCCUCCUUCCAUAUCAUCCUGCAGUCGGACUUUGGUUUGCAGCUGCAGGUCCAGCUGGUUCCCAUCAUGCAGGUCUAUGUGUCCCUGGAGCAGUCCUACAAAACCAAGAUGUGUGGUCUGUGUGGAGACUUCAAUGACGUUCAGAGUGAUGACUUCAAGACCCAGCUUGGGCUGGUGGAAGGCACAGCUGCCCCCUUUGCCAACUCCUGGAAGGCCCAGGCCAGCUGUCCAGACAGGUCUGACCGGCUGGAUGACCCCUGUGCCCUCAGUGUGGAGACAGAGAACUAUGCUGAACACUGGUGCUCCGUUCUGGAGACUGACAGGAAGUUUGCGGAGUGUCAUGCGCUGGUGAAUCCCAAGGACUACUACAAGAAAUGCGUGUACUCCACCUGUAACUGUGAGAAGAGUGAGGACUGCCUGUGUGCUGCCUUGUCCUCCUAUGUGCGAGCCUGUGCUGCCAAGGGUGUGAGUCUGCAGGACUGGAGGAGCACUGUGUGUGGUGAGUGGGGGAGGGAGGGACUGGGGCAGAAAUCACACUGGAACACAUAUAUAGAGAGCUGUCCUGACACCCAGAACUUCUCCUAUGGGCUCAGUGGCUGCCAGCGCACCUGUCUCUCCCUCAGCUCUGAUCUCCAGUACUGCUCCCCCACCUUCCUACCUGUGGACGGCUGCACCUGCCCUGACGGUCUGUACCAGGAUGAGCAUGGCAUCUGUGUGCCCAUGGACAGCUGCCCCUGCUUCCACAAUGGAGACCAAAUCCAGCCUGGGAAAUCCAUCACAACCAAGGAUGAGCAGUGCAUGUGCACCAAUGGGAAGUUACACUGCCUGUCUACAGAAACAUCGACUAGCUGCCCAUCCCCCAAGACCUACUUCAACUGUUCCACAGCCAGGCCAGGCUCUACAGGCCUGGAGUGUCAGAAGACGUGUAAGAAUCUGGCGAUGGAAUGUUACAUUGUUGGGUGCGUGUCGGGGUGCAAGUGUCCCGAUGGGCUUUAUGACGACGGGAUGGAGAACUGUGUCCUUGAACAUCAGUGUCCCUGUUUCCAUAAUGGAGAUGUCUUUCCUCCUGGGGUGACAGUGAGGGACAAGUGCAACACCUGCACCUGCAAGGCGGGGCAGUGGCAGUGCACGAAGGAGAAAUGCCCGGGCACCUGCACCAUCUAUGGCAGCGGGCACUACAUCACCUUCGAUGAGCAGAGGUUUGGCUUUGAUGGAGACUGUGGAUAUGUGGCAGCUCAGGACAUGUGUGGAGAAAAAUCUGCAAACGGCACCUUCAGUGUGAUCACUGAAAACAUUCCCUGUGGAACAACAGGCACAACCUGCUCCAAAUCAGUGCGGAUUUAUAUGGGGAGAACUGAGCUGAAGCUGUCUGAUGGGAAGUAUGAAGUAAUUGAACUAGACUGGGGAGAACAGGUGACGUACAGAGUGCGGUCUGUUGGCAUGUACCUCGUUAUCGAAACCAGCAUUGGGCUGGAGGUGCUCUGGGACCGGAAGACAGCCCUCUACAUCAUCCUGGAUCCAUCAUACGCAGGGCAGGUGUGCGGCCUGUGUGGGAACUUCGAUCACAACGGGAAGAACGACUUCACCACCAAGGGCCAGCUGGUGGUGGCCAGCCCCCUGGAGUUUGGGAACAGCUGGAAGGUGUCCAGCAGCUGUCCCGACGCAGAGCUCCAUGACCCCUGCUCUAUGAAUCCCUUCCGCCAUGGCUGGGCUAAGCUGAAGUGCAGCAUCAUUAAGGGAGAGACCUUUGAGGACUGCCACCCUAUGGUGGACCCCAGUCCGUAUUAUGAUGCCUGUGUCCGUGACUCCUGUGCCUGUGACACUGGAGGAGACUGCGAGUGCUUCUGCACAGCUGUGGCUGCCUACGCUGCAGCCUGUAAUAAAGCCGGUGUUUGUGUGGCCUGGAGAACACCAGAGAUCUGCCCUGUGUUCUGCGACUUCUACAACCCCCCUGGAGAGGACUGUGAGUGGCACUACAGUCCUUGCCACAGCCCCUGCAUUAAAACCUGCGAGAACCCGGAGGGAAACUGUAGCAACUCACUCCUGAAACUGGAGGGCUGCUAUGCCAGAUGCCCUCCAGACAAACCCCUGUUUGAUGAAGAAACCAAAACCUGUGUGGAGAAAUGUGGAUGCUAUAUAGAUGAAAUUCUCUAUCGUCCUGGGCAGGACGUUCCCACUGCUGAAAAGUGUACCACGUGUAAAUGCACACAAUCUGGAAACACAGAAUGUGAAAGGAAGCCUGGUUGUUGCUUUUACAAUGGAAACGAGUACAAGGAAGGAGAAUCCACUUCCCAGGACAACGAAGAAGGAGAAUGUGUAACACACAUAUGUAGAAAUGGAACCAUAACAACAUUCAACUGCAUUAUUACUACAACCAUUACAUCUACAACUCCCACUACUACACCCACAACAAUAACACCUGCAACUACCACCCCCCACAUUUCUACAACACCUUGUGAGAGGAGAUGCACAUGGACUUCCUGGUUUGAUACUACUGAUCCAGAGUUCACACCUGAUGGUGAUGACUUGGAGACCUAUGAGAAUAUUAAAAGCAAGGGUGACAACAUCUGUGAUCACCCAGAGGACAUCAAGUGCAGGGCAGUGUCCUACCCCGAGUACACCCUGGAGGACGUAGGACAGAAGGUGCAGUGCAAUGUGUCUUUUGGCCUGAUCUGCAAGAAAGAAGACAACGUGAAUUUAAUUCCUCCCAAGUGCUACAACUAUGAGAUUCAAGUGCUUUGUUGCAGUAAUACCUGUCCACCUACAACAACCCCCUACCCUCCCUCUACAACAAUCACCUCUCCACCUCCUACAACAACCCCCUACCCUCCCUCUACAACAAUCAUCCCUCCACCUCCUACAACAACCCCCUACACCCCCUCUACAACAAUCACCCCUCCACCUCCUACAACAACCCCCUACACCCCCUCUACAAUCACCCCUCCACCUCCUACAACAACCCCCUACACCCCCUCUACAACAACACCCCCUCAUACAACUUCUACGACAACCCCCUCUCCUCCACCAUUCUCCCAUACUCCGUCUACUACCAGAACAUCAACCCCGUAUCUCUCUUCUACAUCAGUAACCUCUCCUUCUCCGUCUACAUCACAUUCCACCACAUUUUCAGUAAUUACUGGUACUCAUGGUAAGCAUUCAACAGAUGGACAGAUUAAAACAGGAACAACACAAAAACCACCAUGCCCUUGCAUUUUGAAUGGAACUCAUUUUAAUCCUGGAAUGAAUAUAAGUAUUGUUAGAAAUACAAAUGGAUUCUGCAAUUACACUGUCUGUUCUGUUGCUUGUAAGAUUGAGACAAAACAAGAGCCGUGUCCUUUUGACUGCCCAACAUGGAAUAAAACAUUAAAUGAGGUCUUCUGGCUCAGCAAUUGCAAGAAGGUUAUAUGCAUUGGGAAUGAUACAAUACAGCCAGUCCCCUAUGAAUGCCCACCCACCACAAAGAUCUCCUGCUCUAACGGAAGAACCCCAGUGUUGGUUUCCGAUGAGAACACGUGCUGCCAGCAUUAUGAAUGUGACUGCUUCUGUAGUGGCUGGGGAGACCCCCAUUAUGUCACCUUCGAUGGACUUUAUUACAGCUUCCAGGGCAACUGCACUUAUGUUUUGGUGCAAGAAAUCAUACCUAAAUAUGAUCAAUUUAAGAUUUAUAUCGACAAUGUCCAGUGCAACCUGCGAGAUAAUGUGUCUUGCCCGCGUUCGAUCAUGGUUUCUUAUGGCACACAAAAAAUCACCUUGAUUAAUAAAGAUGUCACAGGCAAAGUCAAACUGCAGGUGUUGGUAAAUGACAAUGUCAUAUCAUUGCCUUUCACUGGGAAUGGCACAGAGGUCUACAGUGCUGGCAUUAACGUGGUGCUGCAGAUACCAGAGAUUAAUGCUGUGGUGACCUUCGGUGGAAUCGCCUUCACUAUCAAUCUACCUUACAGGUUAUUUGGCAAUAACACACAGGGACAAUGUGGAACCUGCAAUAACAACCAGGCGGAUGACUGCAUGCUUCCUGGAGGCCGGCUGGUCAAGGACUGUGCUGUGAUGGGAGACCACUGGGUGACAAACAAGAGCAAGCCCUACUGCAUCCCACCUGUCAUGCCCACCAGCAAACCUUCAGGCACCACCAAACCCCCCUGCAAACCUGACUCUGUCUGCGACAUCAUCAAGUCCAAGGUGUUUGCAGAGUGCCACAAGGUUCUCCCUCCAGAGCCUUUCUACCAGGGCUGUGUGUUUGACAGCUGCCACAUGAAGAACAGCUCCAUUGAGUGCUCCAGCCUGCAGACCUACGCCUCCAUGUGUGCACAGCUGGGCGCCUGUGUGAGCUGGAGAGAUGCCACGAAAGGGAUAUGCCCCCCUACUUGCCCGCCCAACUUGGUCUACAAGUCAUGUCAUCGUGCAAAGCAGCUCACUUGUGAUGACAACCCAUACGAAGACCAGGAUAUCAUCCCACUGAUAACAGAAGGCUGCUUUUGUCCUGAUGGGACUACAAUGUACAAUAAGCAGACUCAAAUCUGUGUAAAAGAAUGUGGUUGCAUGGAUCCAAAUCGUAAAGCUCGAAAGUUCGGGGAGACAUUUGAGUACAACUGCCAGAACUGUAUCUGUGACAUCAACACGAAAGGAGUGAGGUGUGAGCCAAAGGAAUGUCCAGUGAAGCCCAAACCCGACUGCAGUGGGCCAGGCUUUGUCACCACCAGUGAGACCAGCUCGACGGACCCCUGCUGCAAGGAGCUUGUCUGCAGAUGUAAUGCCAGCACCUGCCCACCCACUCAGACGGACUGCCCAGUGGGAUUCAAGCCUACUGUCGUUAUCCCUGAUGGAAAAUGCUGCCCAGAAUAUAAAUGCGAGAAAAAGGGGGUUUGUGUUUACAGCAACACAGAAUAUCAGCCGGGAUCCAGUGUUCCAGUGGAUAAAUGCCAGCUGUGCUCCUGCACCAAGGAUAUAAAUCUCACAACCCAGCUCAACAUUAUCAGCUGUGUACCCCUGCCCUGUAACAGGACCUGUGAAGAGGGUUUCCAAUAUGUCCAGUCUACCACCGACUGCUGUGGAAAGUGUGUGCAGACUCACUGUGUCAUCAAAGUGGAUGGCACCAUCCACAUACUCCAGCCUGGAGAUAAUUGGUCGCCUCCUGGAGACAAGUGUGAGCAGCACAACUGUGAGAUAAUCACCAACACUUUUGUCUCCAUCAAAACCAGGAUUCAGUGCCCUCCAUUCAACGAAAGCAAAUGCCAGCCUGAGACCAUUACGACAACUGAAGAUGGUUGCUGUAAGACAUGUGUUGAGAAGACUUGCCAGUUGACCACAGUGAAAAGGAGCAUCACUCAGAAUGGCUGCAAGUCCCCAGAUGUCAUAGAAAUGACACAAUGCGAGGGUGCCUGCAGCUCCUACUCCAUGUACUCGGCUGAGGCUGCCAGCAUGCAGCGUAAGUGCUCCUGCUGCCAGGAGGUGAAGACUCACAACCGCACCAUCCAGCUGAUCUGCCCCAAUGGGACCACCAGGCCCUACACCUACAUCCACGUGGACGAGUGCAGCUGCCAAAUCCCACAGUGCCGAGUGCCGUAGCAGUGCGAUCACCUGGAGAUCAGUACCAUGCACAGGAAGGAAAUGAGCUGCUGAGCUACUUGCCUUUGUAAUCACAUGUUUUUAGAUAGAUGACAACCCCACUAUGCUUUUAAAAUGUGCUACUUUGUUUCUGCCUUCUAAUAAAUUCUUGACUUAC